AGGCGCUCAGCUCCAUCCGCCGCAGCGCAGCGCCACCUGCUCGUUGUCCGCAGCCUUUAGCACCAUGGCGGCAGUGCGCAGUUCGCGGGUGUCGGUGAAUUCAGACAGCAGCUCGGACCACUCGGACUCGGACUCCGAGUCGGACCGAGAUGCCCGCGAGGCCGAGCCGAUGGAGGUGGAGGAGGGGGAGCUGGAGGACGUCCCGGUGAACCGCUCCGUGAAGGAGCUGCUGCCGGACACCUGCCGCAGGUAUGAGAACAAGGCCGGAGCCUUCAUCACUGGCAUCGAUGUCAACUCAAAG